AUGGCGGAAUUCGUCGUGCUCGUCGACACCAUUACGAAUCAGAGACCAAGAAUUUUUCUUACGGCAAACAUUGGCCCAGACUGCUGGGGACGUCCACGCAAACAGCCGGUCUCCAUUACUGUGCACUUCCAUCUCAAACCCUCCUUCUUUGAGAUAUCCAGCCAAUCCGACAACGUCGUAUAUUCCAUCCACUAUGGGCAUCUCACCAAAACCAUCUCAGCACCCUCGGCAUCUUUUGCAGGUGACCGUGCACUUGUGGAUGAGGUCACUCAGGAAGCGUUCGCUCUGGCUGGAGAUAAUGUCGCGUCGUCGUCGGCCUUCGAAGCAGAUUUUACUUGCGAACAACUUUGA